AUGAUAGUAAUAAUAAAAAAUAAUGUAUUAGAAUUGUAAUAUUCCAGAUCAUGAGACGGAUGUGGAAUUUCUUUGUACAAAUGAAUAUUGUAAAGAUUUUAGAAUAUUUUGUUUCAAAUGUUUGUAAAAUGAGAAACACAGCACUCAUAUUAGAGAUGUUUAGAAAAUAAAGGAUUAUGGGAGAGAAUAAAUAAAUAGAAAUGACGAAGAUUUAGUUUUAGAACUUGAGAAAAUGAUUGAUCAUAUUAAUUAAAUAUUUUUUACACUAAAAGAAGAAUUGAAAUGCGGUAAUUAGAUUAGUGAAGAAGAAUUAAAUGGAUUAAAUUUAAUUCAAUUAAAUGAUUUGAUUUGUUCUAAGAUUAAGUUUCGCAAAGAGAAACAAUAUUUAAUACAAACAAUAUAAAAGAAUGCAGAUAGUUUGAUAGAAACAAUUUAUACAGGACUAAAUGAGUUCUCAUAAAUAUAAUUUGAUUGUCCAGGAAAGAAAGUAAAAUAAGAGAUGAAAACUUAGAAGUUUGAUAUGAUUAAUUCAAUAUAGGAUGAAUAAAUAAACUCAUUUAUUUUUAAUUAGGAUGCUUCUAUAUUGGUAGGAGGGUAUGAGUCAAGCAAAAUAUAAGUUUUUUAAUUUAAGAAGGGUGAAAUAAAAUUAAUUUAAUAAUUAAACUUACAUAAGAAAAGCAUAUAUUGUCAAUAUUUUAUGAAAAAAACAAAUGAAUUUUUAUCAGGUAGUUGUGAUAAGAGUAUUUCAAUUUGUUAUUAAAAUAAUAAUUAAAAAUGGGAUUUGAAAUAAAGAUUAGAAGGACACUAAGGAGGAAUCAAUUGUAUAGUAAUGAAUAAUGAUGAAGAUUUAUUAAUAACUAGUAGUGAUGAUAUGUUAAUAAAAUUUUGGAGAAAAGAGAAUGAAUAAUGGGAAUGUUAAUAAACAAUUGGAGGACAUUCUAGCUUUGUUAGUUGUAUUAGUUUAAAUGAAACAGGAAAUUAAUUGGUCUCAUGUUCAAAGGACAAUUAAUUAUUGAUACAUCAAUAUGAUUAAAUAUAAAAGAUGUGGAUUCUAGGAUAAACAAUACGUAUAAAAUAAUGGGGAAGACGAUUAUGUUUUAUUAACGAUAUUAUGAUUGCUUUUUAACCUGAAAAAAAAGAAUAAAUGCAUAUUUAUCAUUUAGAUAAUGUUGAAUAAUUGUUUAUAAAAUCAUAAGAAAUUUUAGUAGGAGUAGGGAGUGAAAGAAAAAAGAAUAGAAGUUGUUUUUGGUUUUUUCCUUAAUAAUAUGUCUAAUCUAAAUAGAUAAUUUUAAAUAAAAAUGGAUGUUGCGUUAAUUUAAUUAAAAAAGAUUAAAAUAAUGACUUUGUUACUAUAUAAUCUAUAGAUUUCUAAACUAAAGCUAUAUUUGGUAGAAUGACAGAUGAUGGAGAAUAUUUAAUAACAUGGGAUGAUAGGUCAGGUUCUAUUUAGAUCAGAUAAUAUAUAGAAUGA